UCUCUAGCUUAGGUUUGAUGACGGCCAAAGUUCCCAAAGCUUUGGAUUGCAUUCACCCUGCGACGUAGAGACUAAAGACAGUAAGAGGAGGUUGGGUUUCCGUACCCAACUUCGGUUGGACAAGAAGGAAUGAACAACGGUAAGAUAUUGACGAGGGGCACCAACCAAAUACGGAGCCGGUUCGUAAAGAAAAAUGGACAAUGUAAUGUUCUAUUCACCAACAUGGAUGAAAAGAGGCAGCGCUACCUGGCUGACAUCUUCACCACCUGUGUGGACAUCAGCUGGAGAUACCUGCUGCUGAUAUUCUGCGGCAGCUUCCUGGUCUCGUGGCUUUUCUUUGGGAUUGUCUUUUACAGUGUCUCCCUGGUACAUGGGGACUUUAACGAACAACCAAGGGUGAACGUUGUUGGUAUAACGCACAGAGCGCAGACACUAAGAAUGCCCUGCAUACUUCAUGUCCACAGCUUUAUUGGGGCGCUCCUGUUCUCCAUGGAGACCCAGACCACCAUCGGGUAUGGCUUGCGCUGCGUCACUGAGGAAUGCCCCAUCACUGUACUAACUGUGGUCGUGCAGUCCAUCGUGGGCUGCAUCAUCGACUCUUUCAUGAUCGGCACCAUCAUGGCAAAGAUGGCGCGGCCGAAAAAGAGGAACCAGACCCUCGUGUUCUCCAAGAACGCUGUCAUCGCCCUGCGAGACGGAAAGCUGUGCCUCAUGUGGAGGGUGGGCAACCUGCGUAAGAGCCACAUCGUGGAGGCUCAUGUCCGCGCACAGCUAAUACGUUCAUACGUUACAGACGAAGGCGAGUUCAUCCCCUUGGAGCAGAUGGACCUCAACGUUGGCUACGAUGAUGGAACAGACCGGCUGUUUCUAGUAUCCCCGCUGGUCAUAAUCCACGAGAUAGAUAAAGACAGCCCCUUGUAUACUUUAAGCAGAGCUGAUCUGGAGACGGAUGACUUCGAGAUCGUCGUGAUCUUGGAGGGGAUGGUGGAGGCCACGGCCAUGACCACCCAGUUUCGUAGCUCCUUCCUUGCCAGAGAGGUCUUCUGGGGUCACAGGUUUGAGCCUGUGAUCUACGAGGAUGAGGACCGCUACAAGGUAGACUACGCUCGAUUCCAUCAGACCUACGAGGUGCCGUCCACGCCCCACCUCAGCGCCAAAGAGCUCGACAAGGCCACAACUAGGGUGUCUUCUGUCGCUUCUCCGGUUUCUACUCGUAGAACCAAGCAAUACCUGAUUACCAGGUCGCUGAGCGCCUUCUGUUACGAGAAUGAGAUGGCAUUGAGCUGCGGAGAGGAAGAGGAUGAGGUCUUUGAGGCCCAGAGUUCAGAGGACACGAGGACUUCAGUGUCGGUGGACUUACAAAAUAUGUUCCAGGACACUGCGACCAGGACAUCAGGCAGUCGCAGCUUCAUGUGUGUUCUGGACAUGGACAAUAACCAGUUGGAGUUUGACAUCCUGAAGACCGCAGUCCCUCUUGAUCCAGUGACCUACAAGAGCAAGAAAGAGACCUGA